AUGCAAUGCAGACUAGAAGGAAAAGUAGCUUUGAUCACUGGUGGGGCAAGGGGCAUUGGUGAGUGCAUGGCAAGGCUGUUUUGCAAACAUGGGGCAAAGGUUGUGAUUGCAGACAUUCAAGAUCAGCUAGGUAAAGCAGUUCAAGCUGACAUUGGAACUGAAUCUGCAUCUUACAUACACUGUGAUGUGUCCAAAGAAAAGGAUGUUGAAAAUGCAGUGAACAUGGCUGUGUCCAAGUAUGGAAAGCUAGACAUAAUGGUGAACAAUGCUGCAACGAUAGAUGAUGCUAAACCUAUCAUUCUUGACAACGAUGUGGCUGAGUUCGAACGUGUUGUAAGAGUGAAUCUGAUAGGUCCCUUCUUGGGAACAAAGCAUGCAGCUAGAGUAAUGAUCCCAGCGAGAAAGGGAAGCAUAAUAAGUAUAGGAAGUGUGAGUUCAAGUGUUGGAGGGAUUGCAACACACGCAUACACAAGCUCCAAACAUGGCAUUGUAGGACUGACAAAGAAUGCAGCUGCUGAACUUGGAAAAUUUAGCAUCAGAGUNAACUGUUUGUCACCCUACUUCAUCAGUAAUGUAAUUUCAAAAGAGUUCUUCAAACUUGAUGAUGAAGGUUUCUCAAAAGUUUAUUCAAAUCUUAAAGGGGUUACCUUGACAGAAGAAGAUGUAGCAGAAGCUGCACUCUAUUUGGCAAGUGAUGAGUCUAAGUACGUCAGUGGACAUAAUCUUGCAGUUGAUGGUGGCUUUACAACUAUUAAUCCAAUUUUCGGUCUGUUUUCGCAAUCGUCUCUGUAA